ACAGAGUCCAGGCGCCCGUCAGAACCUCUGACUCCCGAGGGCACCAACAACAGCUGAUUUCGCAGCUCCCAGACAGGGUCCCCGCCUCCUUCCAGCCCGGAGCGCCCCGCACACCGGAAGUCCUUUUGCCCCGUCUCCGCAGAGCGGAGGCAGUGUGCGCAGAGGCAACCGGAAGCUCCUCUGCCCUUACCGUCUGCGUGAAGCGGCCGGGCCGCGCAGGCGCAGUGCGGCUCAGGCGGAGCUGUGGGAGGGGAGUAGGUCGGGGGCCGGUCCCUGAAGAUGGCGGAGGCGGGGGUGAACUGGGGGUCUCCGGGCAGAGCUCAGGAUUUCUGGUAGGUCCCACGUUCAGACAAGAUGUACCAUUGAAACAUUGGUCUGCUUCACUUCACAGUUCACCUUUUCCACUGGGAAGCCACAUUUUGUUUUACGGCUUAGGCCUACUGAACUUAUGAAACCAUGGCGGAAGGAGAGACGGAGUCACCUCGGCCUAAAAAGUGUGGCCCAUACAUUUCCUCUGUCACCAGCCAGAGUGUGAACGUGGUGAUCCGCGGGGUGGUACUCUUCUUCAUUGGAGUGUUCCUGGCAUUAGUGUUGAACUUGCUUCAGAUUCAGAGAAACGUGACACUUUUCCCACCAGAUGUGAUCACGAGCAUCUUUUCAUCUGCCUGGUGGGUACCACCAUGCUGCGGCACAGCCUCAGCUGUGAUUGGGCUGUUGUACCCCUGCAUUGACAGGCAUCUAGGAGAACCUCAUAAAUUUAAGAGAGAGUGGUCCAGUGUCAUGCGCUGCGUGGCGGUGUUCGUGGGUAUAAAUCAUGCCAGUGCUAAAGUAGACUUCGACAACAACUUCCAGUUUUCCCUCACACUGGCUGCACUGUCAGUAGGACUGUGGUGGACUUUUGACAGAUCUAGAAGUGGUUUUGGCCUUGGUGUUGGAAUUGCUUUCUUAGCAACCGUUGUCACCCAACUGUUAGUCUACAAUGGUGUUUAUCAAUACACAUCUCCAGAUUUUCUCUAUGUCCGUUCUUGGUUGCCAUGUAUAUUUUUUGCUGGAGGCAUAACGAUGGGAAACAUUGGUCGUCAACUGGCAAUGUAUGAAUGUAAAGUUAUUGCUGAAAAAUCUCAUCAAGAAUGAAGGGCAGACGUCUUAGCUGUUCUAUGGAAGCCCUGGGAAAGCACCGUGGGUAUGAGAAGUUCACCAACGGAGGACGCAGUUUUCCCUUGAUUGUGUAUGUGUAUGGUGUGUGUGUGUGUGUGUGUGUGUAUGUGUGUGUGUGACACACAUGUUUUUGCAGUCUGUGAUUGCUUCUGUAAAUCAGUUACCAACCUUUCGGUAUUUGAUUUCAAUAAAUGUAAGAUAUCUGUGCACUACAUGAAAGAUAUGUUUAUGAGUACACGAAAUUUCUAAGUUUUUUGAACAUAGCAUACAUUAUAUCACAAUGUCAAUGUGCCAAACUUGUUGUUACUGACACAGAGAAUAAGAAUGCUUUGAACAAUUUAGAAAUUUACUGAAAGAGAAAAAGAAAGCUAAAAACAAAGCAAACAGAAAGCAAAUGUGUAGCUGGCCGUUCCCUCUCACCGGCUGGUGUGCCUUUUCCCGUUUCUAAUCAGCUGUGUUCAUCACAGUACCCACAUACGUGUUGUCUCUGUUGCUAUCGUUUCAGAGUUUGAGUCUUAUUAUAUGGUACUCAUGAACUUCCAUAGAAUGGUUUUAAGUCUGCAUUGUUAUAGGGACCCAAAGAAUACUUCCCGAUUUCUUCAGAAGGAUGUGUGAUGGACAGAGGUGGUUAUCAACAUCACCCUGCUUUGAGUCUACAUUUGGAAAAAAAAUAAAUGACUAAAAUUAGGGGCUUUGUUUAGAUGAAUAUGCUUGGGAAUACUGUGUAGCCCUCUCUCUGCCACAGAAGCCAAAGUGAUAUUAAUUGUCAUUUGCUACUGAAGCUCACGGCUUCAGUACAUGGAUGAAUAAGGAACACAGGCAGAUCAAGGUGACAGGUCAUACAGAACCUAUUGGAUUCUAGAAAGCAGGCCAUGUGACUGAGCACCUAUAGAGGGCCUGAGUGUGUGGCCUUCAUCAGUGCAGUCGGAAGAUGCUGGAACCUGCCUCCCUGUGUGCUGAUGUCUAUUACAAGGUCUGUCCUUGGAGAGUGUAUGGAGGCACACUUCCCGCUAACAAUGCCUGCCAUGUAUUUAUAGGUUAGGUAUAUCAGCUGACUCUCCCUCGCUUUGCAUUUCUGAAAUUGUUAAUUGUCUGGCACACAAGGGUAAAUUCUUCUGACUACUGUGGUGUGGGUGUGCUUCUGUUUUAAGUGUGAGAGAAAAUGUAUUCAUGUGUCUGUGUGUGCAUGUGCCCAUGCUUUCCUAUAGUGUCAGGUAGACAUUUUAAUUUCUUUUAAAGCAGUGCUGUCAGACUGAAGUCUUGUACACUGGAGUGUAAUGUGCUUUGUGUUCUCAGGCGGAGAGUGUGAACAUCCCAAGAGUACUCCAUACGCAAUAUGUAUACACAAGCCUAAUGGUAGUAGUGGUGACCACACUACUCUAUUUAUUAUUCUGUCUUUCAGAUGUUAUUCAUUUAGAACAAAUAAGGUAUAUUUUUAGAAUCAAAUUUGUAAACACUAUAAAAUCUUUAAUAAGUUAUAAGGUCUAUGAUAUGUUUACUUUGAAAAUUGCUGUUGAAAGCAAGAUGUAUUAAAUAUGUAAUUAUCA